CCUGUCUGUCUGGUCAGGGUCCAGACUGCUUACUGGUCCAGUCCAAAGAUGACGACUUCGACUGGGAGCAGGGAGACACCCAGGACAGACCAGCCAGCAACCCCUGGAUCCCUGCAGGUUCCUCCUUCCUGUUUGUGAACACAUCCGGACGUUACGGCGGUCAGCGAGCUCAGCUGCUGCUUCCUCCGCUCAAAGAGAACGACACACACUGCGUCAGCUUCCUGUUCUACCAGGCGGGGGGGCGGGAGGGGGCGGCGCCCGCCACGCUCAACGUCUACGUCAAAGAGAACAACAGUCCGCUGGGAGUUCCCAUCUUUAACUCGUCAGGCCCCGCCUACCACAUCUGGAAGGGGGUGGAGCUCGCCGUGUCCACCUUCUGGCCCAAUUACUACCAGGUUGUGUUCGAGGCCGUCAGCACCGGUCAGAGAGGAGUGCUGGCCAUCAAAGACAUCACACUGCAGGGACACCAGUGCAUGAGCACGCCUCACUUCCUGCACAUUAAAGGCGUGGAGGUGAACGCCGGGCAGACGGCCACGUUUCAGUGCACGGUGAACGGCCGGCCGCAGAGCAACCUGCUGCUGCACCUGCAGGGCAUGGGCGGUCGCCAGGCGGUCGUCAGGGAAACGAAGCCGGUGAACUCGCGGCGUUACGUGGCGAGCUUCGACGUGGAGAACACGACCAAAGGAGACUCCGGACGCUACCGCUGCAUCGCCCAAUCAGAGCGCGGCGUGGGCGUGUCCUCCUACGCUGACCUCACCGUCAAACAGCCUCCCGUACCCAUCGCCCCCCCCCAGCUCACAGCGGUUGGCGCCACCUACCUGUGGAUCCAACUCAACGCCAACUCCAUCAACGGAGACGGACCAAUCAUAGAGCGGGAGGUGGAGUACCGCACGGUGUCGGGCAUGCUGAUAGACACCACACCUGUAGAUAAGCCCACACAUAAGAUCGGACACCUGGACCCCGACACCGAGUACGAGAUCAGCGUGCUGCUCACGCGGCCCCUGGAAGGAGGCACGGGAAACCCCGGACCCCCGCUGAGAGCCAGGACCAAGUGUGCAGAUCCCAUGCACGGCCCGCGGCGUCUCCAGGUGGUCGACACUCAGUCCAAACAGGUGACGGUUCGAUGGGAGCCGUUCGGCUACAACGUGACCCGCUGCCACAGCUACAACCUGACCGUGCAGUACCGCUACAGGCCUGCAGGGGCCCCCACCAGGGAGCCUCUGAAGGAGGAGGUGCGGGAGGAGGAGGUGUACGACACGCUGACCUCCAUGCAGCACACUGUACGUAACCUUCCACCGUUCACCAACGUCAGCCUGAGACUCGUCCUCAGUAACCCUGAGGGACGCAAGGAGAGCGAGGAGCUGCUGGUGCUGACAGACGAGGACGUUCCCGGAGCCGUCCCGGUGGACUCGAUCCUCGGCAGCAGCUACGAGCAGCAGAUCAGUCUGAGCUGGAGAGAACCGCUGCAGACCUACGGCCUCAUCCGACAGUACGAGAUCUCCUACAAAGCUCUGAGCUCCUUCGACACAGAGUUCGAUCUGUCCAAUCAGAGCGGGAAGGUGUUCAAACCGGCCAAUGAGACGAGCCACGUGUUCAGCGGCCUUUACCCCGGCUCCACCUACUCCUUCACCAUCAGAGCCUCCACCGUAAAAGGCUUCGGACCGCCGGUCAUCACGCAGUUCACCACCAAGAUCUCAGCUCCUCUGAUGCCGGCUUACGAUCAGGAGACUCCUCUGAACCAGACCGACUCCACCGUCACCGUCCUGCUGAAGCCUGCUCAGAGCCGAGGAGCUCCAGUCAGUAAGUACCAGGUGGUGGUGGAGGAGGAGCGCCCCCGCAGGCAGAGGAGAGGUACUGCAGAGAUCCUGCGAUGUUACCCGGUACCGAUUCACUUCCAGAACGCCACGCUGCUCAACUCUCAGUACUACUUCAGUGCAGAGCUGCCGAUGAGCGAGCUGAGAGCGCCGAUGCCCUUCAGUAUCGGUGAUAACAGAACCUACAGCGGCUACUGGAACGCUCCUCUGCUGCCUCAUAAGAGUUAUGGGAUCUACUACCAGGCUGUCAGCACUGCUAACGGGGAAACAAAGAUCGACUGUGUCCGUGUGGCCACUAAAGGAGCAGCGACGAGGAAACCAGAACCGGAGCAGGAGAAGCAGUCGGACCACACGGUGAAGAUCGCCGGAGCCAUCGCCGGCAUCCUGCUCUUCAUCAUCAUCUUCCUCGGAGUCAUCCUGCUGAUGAAGAAACGGUAA